ACGGUAUCGCAUAAGCGGGGGCUAGAUCUUAAGUUUUCCUCAUGCAUCAUUAGAUGAUUCAUAACAGCGUCAAGAUGUCGGGACGAUCAGGCCGCGCUGAGACCAGGAGCCGCGCUAAAGACGACAUUAAAAAGGUUCUGGCUGCCAUCGAGAAAGUGCGCAAAUGGGAGAAGAAAUGGGUGACUGUUGGAGACACGUCCUUGCGUAUAUUCAAGUGGGUCCCAGUGACAGAAACGAAGCAGAUCUAUCGUACCAAAUCUACCGGUGGAGGUGUCAGAGGACUAAAGGAUGUGGUUCUUGAAAACACCAACUCUUUGCCAGAUUUUGCUGAUGAAAAUAGCAACCAGAGCUUUCUGUCCGAUGUCUACCAUACCAAGAUGGACAACAACAGCAGCAGCACCUCCAGCUCGCAGCAAGUCAGCCCUCCACAUACCUCGAACCUCCGCGCUGAAGACUCUCAACCACCAAUGCUAGGCCAGGAGACUGUGGAUGAACCAGACCACUCUGGACAAGAUGGAGCAGAUGAGCCUCCUACUCUGAUUAAGGAAGACCUUCUAUUAUCAGGCACUGCAAGACGGAGCACCCCAGACACACAGGAAGAAUCGGAUGAAUCAGGAGCACCUCCUUUGAAGAAGAUUUGCAGUGGAGAAAAUACUGUUUUAAGAUAGCUUUAUGCAGAAGCAUAGAAAACCUAUCCAUGGCUAUUUUCACAGAAGUGGUCAAUAACAUUAAGGCUCUGAUGUUUUCUUGAUAUACAUUCAACUGGCAGUUCAUUUGGAAGGUCUGUACAAUCUGAUCUUGGCUUCUAACAGGUCUACAGGCAUUUUUUUUUCUUUGAAUUUUAGAUGUGAACUAUUGAGAGUGCUGGUCAUUUUAAAAAUGUUUUUUUUCUGUGGAUGAGAAAUUAUAUGUAGACUAUAUUUUGUUGCGUGAUUUGCAGAGCCAAUCCACACAUUUCAGAAAUACAGGCAAUUGAGGAAAGGGGUCAUGCAACAGAGGGUCCAGUGCCUUGCUUGAGAGUGUGUCAGCUGUGCUCAAGGAAGUGGAAUGAUAUCUCCAACAAAUACUCCCAAUGACUAUUCAUUUUUGGUUCUCAAAUAUCAUUGACCACAUAAUAAAAAUGAAGAUACAGUUA